AUGGCUCUCGGAUUCGUUCCCAUCGCCCACAUUGUGGCUGCCGUCUUCUCCAUCAUUGAGCUCGGCCUUACUGCCUAUGUCGCCAGUGCCUACCACAGCUGGUUCAGCAACUGGUCCCGCUCACCCGACAUCGUCAACUUCAUCAUCUUCAACUCGGUCUGGUCUCUGCUCGUCCUUGCCUAUGUCGGCCUUACCCCUCUGUACAUGACCCGCCUCUUCCACAAGCUGGUCUCACUGGCACUCCUCGUCAUCACCACCAUCUUCUGGUUCGCCGGUGCCAUCGCUUACGCCGUCUUCGUCGGCAGCCCCAACUGCGGUAACAACACUUACUGCGGCUCUUCCCAGGCGGGCGUUGCGUUCGCCUUCUUCAUCUGGGCCAUCUUCAUGUUCCUUACUGUUCUCGACACCCUCGAGGCCAUGCGCUCGCGCGGCCACAGCACCAAGGCCAACCACGCCUACCCCGGUGCUUAA